GGGGAAAAUCGAGAACCAAAUCCGGCUAUGAUGAUAAAGAGGACCGGUGAUAAAUCGUUCGUUAAUACACUUCGUAACAGUAUGCACUCAUUCUCCUUUGGAGCGUUGUAGUUCAGUAUUUGAUUCGGUUCGCAUACAGGCGCUACGUUCUUUAUUCCAAGGCAUUGCGUUGAGAAGUGUAGAUCUCUUCAAUCCCUACCGUUCUUGAAAAGAUUUAGGGAAUAGUUUCGCGUUGUUGAAUUAUUUUUGACAAAUUUUGGUUUGUGAGGAUGACUAUUUCUUGGGAAAACGUCAUUUUGUCAUGGGUAAAUGUUUGUGCUGUUUGUUCUGAUCAUAUCAAUACAUCCGAAGAUUUGUCUGAUGGGAAAUUACUCGAGUGUUUCGUGCCAUCAUGUACGAAAUAUGCUGGAGAUAAUUAUCAUCAGAAGACAAUUAAAUUUAUUCAAAGAGAGUAUCCUCUCUUCUGGUCACAGAUACCUUCAGAAUUACAAAAGGAAGAUACCUUGAUAAUAUAUUCCCUCUUAAUUCAUUAUUACAGUUUCAUAGACGAUCCAGUAAUGCGAAAUAAAAUGUGUUCCCUUAGCAACGGUUCUCAAAUACAAAUCAAACGAUUUCUGGAAUUCCUUUUGAACAAGGAUAUUACAAAAGAUGCUGUUACAAUGGCGAUAAAAUCGUGUUGUGGUAUGUACUUUUUUACUCAAAUUUUUAGUUAAGUUUAGGAAUGACGGAAAUAGAAUGACAUCCAUUUCUAAAUAUAAAAAAAGUCAAAUCUCUAAAACCUCAGCUUUCAACUCGCAAAACGGAAAGCAAAAUCUUUCAAGAAACUAGUAUGCAGAUGCUACCAAAAAUGUCUACGGAAGUUAAAGAACAUAACAUAAUGGAACAAGAAUCACGCACAUCAGCAGCGUUUACAAUUGCAGAUAACAAUAUUGAUAAAGAUUGCAGUCUUGAGUGGGAUUACACUGACGUAUUUGAAGAUUUCUGCCCACCUCUAAUUUGCGGCUCCACAACAGUAAAUACAUUGCCUGAAGAAACUGAAAAUAAGAACGAUGCUUUAUUCAAAGAAUUCAAUUUACUAUGUUUAGAACGUGACUCUUUGCUAAAAGAAAUUGAAGAAAAAGAUUUGAUACUUAAUGACAUAAAGACAAAAAUGACUCAAUCGUCAAAGGAAAUUAUUUUAAAAACUGAAGAGAUUCUUUUGAGGGAAAAAGAAGUAGAACAACUUACUAAUGUUGUUCAAAGGAUGGAUGGAGAAAAUUUGGAAAUGUCAAAGAAAGUAAAUUUAUUGCAGGAUGAAUUGAAUUUAGUUUCUGAAUGCUCAAGUAAUGAAAUGCUUCAAAAGACACUUGCAGAAAAUGAAGAACUUAAAGAUAUUAUAGCUGGCAAAGAUGAAUUAUUGUGUGAGAAAGAUAACGAAAUUAAAAAACAAGUUGAGUAUGUUAAUUCUUUUUCAAGGGAUUUGCAAAAAAGGGAUAAAAAUAUUAUUGAUCUUUUUGAAAAAGCUGAAGCACUUAAAACAGAAUUUAAAGAGCUCAAAGUAACUACUAUUCGGAGUCUCGCUGACAUUAUAUCCCCUUUAGAAGCCAUGGCAUAUGAAAAUGAUAUCUUGAGGAGAAAUAAUUUCUUGCUGGAACAAAAGUUAAUAAAAACUGAAGAGCUAGUAACAGAAUUGAAUAGUAAAAUACUCUCUCUGGAAGAAGAUUUGAUUGAGAAGAAGAAAGUAAUUGAUAAUCUCAUGAAUAUGCAUUUAGAUGAAAAUGUCUCUCUCCAAACUAAAAUUUCUGAUGAGCAAGUCAAAGUUGCCGAGGUGUUACAAAAAUAUACCAAUUUGAAACUCAGAUAUAUAGAAAAGGCUACAGAAUGUACAAACAUGAAAGUUCUUUAUGAGGAAAAAUGGUCAAAUUUGAAAGAACAGUUCCACGCAGCAUUGAAAGAAGAAAAAGAAAAGAUCAUAACUCAACACAAAACUACCGUUCUGGAUUUAGAAAAUUCCUUAGAAUUCUAUAAGAAAAAAUUUACAAUGUGUCAUGAGGACACUAUUAAUUUGAGGAAACAAGUAUGGGACCUCCAUGAAAAAUUGUUGAAACAAAAUGAAAUAAAGGCAAAACUGGAGAGACAAUUGUCAUUGCUAAAUCGGAAUAAGGCAAAAUGUGAAGUAAUUGGAGAGAGAAUUUCAUUUUCAAGCGGAGAUGAAGAAAAUUUCACUUGACUACCAUCUGUCUCAACAUCGGCUGAGUUGCAAACAUGUGGCGAAACAAGAACUACUAUCAGAAGGGAACAGAUAUAUUCGACAACAAAUCAACUUCCUCUACAAUCCGAAGGUGCUAACGAAUUCAAUGCACGUUUGGAAGACUUGGAAGCUUGCAGUUGUGCUGCUGGACAAAGUGAAGAAAAUAUGUUAACUGAAUAUCAACGGCGGAACUCGAUGGUUCUUCCUCAUUUGAAAUCAUCGUACGCCGUGACAAAUGGGACAAAAUUGCGUACGGUUACAGAGAAUGAAAUUAAGUUUGGCUCCAGCGGUUGUCCUCAAGGAAGAAGAGAUACCUUUUAAUUAUUUUGUAAUUUCACUCUUAUUUUAAUCUCACAAUUUGUUAACGUUUGAGUGGUUUCAAUGUUGCAAAAGUGGUUACUUAUAGAGAAGAGUUUACACAUAACCAUUUAAUGGGUCGAUAAAUUCAUUGUACGUGAUAUAUACCUUAUAUAAUAAGUAUGUGUACAAUAUGAACACAUCUGUUGGUACAUUGUCAUACUCUAAAUAUGUUGGGAAAACGUUUAAACUAAAUAUCAACUAUAAACUAUUAAAUGUAAGAUGUGUCCAUUUUUAUUUUGUUUCUUAUAUUUGCAAUUUAAGAGAACUUUCUUGAAAAUGAAUUGUUAUUAUUGAUAAUGUACAUUGGACGCCCAUAAAUAUAUUAAACAGGCAACACUUUUGUAAA